ACUUCCUUCCUCUCCACUUCGUGGGAUUUAUUCGUUGACACGGCUGCCGAAAGCCACCCCCCCCAAAAAAAGAGGGUGGGACAGGAACUGAAACUUAAAAGUGGUACUGCAAUUACACUGUGAAGUCAGAGCUUUGAACUCGACAGUGUCUAAAAAAAGCUGAAGGAUGAAGGGUGGUUUUCCGCUCCAGUGCUUCCUCCCCUUCCUCCUGGUCCUCUGCCUCUCCGGACCGCAACCUAGCCUCGGGUUCAGAAUCUGUGCCUUCAACAUCCAGCACUUCGGCGAGUCCAAGGCCUCCAAACCCAAGGUCUUGCACAACCUCGUGCGGAUUUUGUCUCGCUGUGAUGUGUGCCUGCUUCAAGAGGUGAGAGACGUGCAACACAUCGCCCUCAAAAAGCUGUUGGUUUCGCUCAACAAGUAUGAUGAAAAGUAUCAUUAUGAUUAUGUGUCCAGUGAGCCUUUGGGUAGAACUGCUUACAAGGAGCAGUAUGUCUUUGUGUACAGGACAGCCUCAGUAGAGGUGCUGGAAACUUACCAGUAUCCCGACAACCAAAAAGGAGAUGAAGAUGCCUUCGCCAGACCACCCUUUAUUGUGAAGCUUAAAGCACCAAAAACAGCUAUAAGAGAGUUUGUCCUGAUCCCUCAGCACACCUCCCCUACAAAUGCCACCAAAGAGAUUGACGAACUCUACGAUGUUUUCCUGGUGGUGAAAGAAAAGUGGAAUAUAGCGAACAUCAUGUUCCUGGGGGACUUUAAUGCGGCCUGCGGCUACGUGGCUAAGAAGAAUAGGAAGAACAUUCGGCUGUUGGUGGAGCCAGACUUUUACUGGCUGAUUGCAGACGAUGUGGACACUACAGUGAGAGAGAGCACCAGCUGUGCCUACGACCGGUUUGUGGUGUACGGCAGAACGCUGUUAAGAGGGAUUGAGCCCGGUACCGCAGGUAUCUUCAGAUUUGACAAGGCGUACCACCUCACGGAGGACAAGGCAUUAGAGCUGAGUGACCACUAUAUCAUCCAGUUGACAAUGAAGUCUUCAGCACAGCAAUGGCAAGCGCAGCUCUCCCUCCUCUUCAUCACUGCCUGCAUCCUCUUCCUCAUCGUAGCCUGAGCGUGCUCUGUGCAGAACACACACUGAGCACUGGGAUAAAGGCAGGCUCAUCAGGGAACAUACAGCAUGCAUCCUGCCUUUCUUCAUCUCGUCAUCCCCCAAGAGUUAAAGAUGGCCAGCACUGCUGUAGUGUGUGUGUUGCAGUUUGUAGUGUGUGUGUGUGUGUGUGUAUGUAUGUGUGACUCCUGGCAUUGACUGCACGCACCAUCUGAGGAGUUAUGAAUUAUAAGCGCUAACGUACAAGACCUCCUUUAGGGCUAACCCUGAAACCUCCUCUCCAGUCAUGGCAAAUCAGUGAAACCACUGUCAUUUGACUGGUCUUCUAUUAAAGGCACUGAAGCACCACAGGAGCGUUUUCUCUGCAGGAAUCUGUAAUCUGUAGGAACCAAAUUAUUACACCGGGAAUACACCCCAGUCUGCCUGGACUCAUGAACUUUGACCUUACUCAUGCCAAAAGCCAUCGAGACAUUUAUAUCAAAUAUUUUGAAUGCAAUUAUUAUUUUUAUUUUAUUUUUUUAACUUUGGGUUUGUAUGUUGUAAUAAUUAAUGAUGGAAUAAAAAUCCCAAUUGUGCCUUAUCUGUAUAUGCUUAUUUAAGUCAAUGUUUAUUUGUAGUCUGUUGUAAAAGACAUUUUAUUUGGGGUAAUGCAAAAUGAAACUCAUUGGGGAUUUUAUGUAAACAAUGUCAAAAAUAAAAAAACGUUGCUUGUGUGAUA